UGGCAUUCCACCAUCGAAAUGAACACAGCGGCUUAUGAGAGCCACUAAACAAGUACGUGUAAUCCAAACCUCUUCUUCGACACCAGAAGCUAGCUUCCCUCCCCAAAUGGCCACGUUUCUUCCGGGUUUCCCCACUAAAACAUCUUCUUCACCUCUGAUCUGAGCUCUAAAACACAAAAAAGGCAAAAUCAGACUGACUUGUAAAUAUACCAAUGACGUCUUUUGCUCCAAGUAGUCAUCCUUGUCUCUGCUCGUCACCACCAUUGCCCAGAACCAAGCGAACCCCAGCUCUGGUUUGCCAAAGCAUCCAUUUUUCAUUCAAGAACCAACCGUUUCUGAGCACGUCAAACUGUUUUCCAACUAACCAUUUGCUGAAACCAUCUAUUUUGAUUGUAAAAGCAUCGGAAACUGAGUCCCCGACAUCGAAAUCGGGGAGUAGAAGUGAUGGGAGAGAUGGAGAUGAAGAACAGUAUGAAGAGUAUGAGGUGGAGCUGUUGCAGCCAUAUGGGCUGAAAUUCACAAAGGGUAGAGAUGGUGGCACUUACAUAGAUGCGAUUGCGUCGGGUGGAUCGGCUGACAAGUCUGGAAUGUUCACUGUUGGGGAUAAAGUACUUGCCACCAGUGCAGUGUUCGGGGCAGAAAUAUGGCCUGCUGCUGAAUAUGGAAGGACAAUGUAUACCAUUCGCCAAAGAGUGGGCCCAUUACUCAUGAGAAUGCAGAAGAGAUAUGGGAAGCUCGAGGAUGUUGGUGAACUAACAGAAAAAGAGAUUAUUAGAGCCGAGAGGAACUCGGGCGUGAUUAGUAAUAGAGUGAGGGAAAUUCAAUUGCAAAAUGCCCUCAGAAAAAGGGAACAGAAAGAGCGCAGGGCAAAGGACCUUCAAGAAGGACUGCAACUUUACAAGAAUGCUAAUUAUGAGGAAGCAUUAGAGAAGUUUGAGUCGGUAUUGGGGUCAAAACCAGAUCCAGACGAAGCUUCAGUAGCAAGUUACAAUGUGGCAUGUUGUUAUUCUAAACUUAAUCAGAUGCUUUCUGAAUUGAUGAAGGAUAUAUUCUUGUUACCUAAUCUCUCUUAUUUGCCAAGAGCCAGUACUCAUAUAACCCGUAAUAUAAGCAGUUACAAGCUGGACUCUCUGCUCUGGAAGAUGCCUUGCAAGCAGGAUUUGAAGACUUCAAGAGAAUCCGAACAGAUCCUGACCUGGCCAAAAUAAGAACAUCCCAGGAAUUUGAGACUCUUUUGAAAAGGUUCGACGAGUCAUUUAUCAAUGAAAAUGCCAUCAAUGCCAUCAAGUCUUUAUUUGGCAUACUCAACAAGAACUAGAGUCUUGAAUUAACUUCAAAUAUAUGGAGUGCUGAGUUCUCAAUCGUAUGUGAGCUUACCACAAAGCUAAUGCAGGGGUUGGCAUUGCCAUGUUUCAAAACAAUCAGGUUUUCUUAGGUGAAUUUAUUUACAUCAUCGGUUUUGAAUUGACUAUUGGGAAAAUUCAAGGUUUUUUUUCAUAAUGAUUUGUUGCUCUUGAAUUAUCUCUCCAGUCACAAUGUAUCAUUUGUGAUUCUUUAGACAAGGUUAUUUACUAAAGGGAGUCUUAACAUGGAAAUGUUUCAUUCCUGCUAA